UCCCCCUCUCUCUCUCUCUCUCUCUCUCUCUCUCUCUCUCUCUCUCUCUCUCACACACACACGCUCACGCACAUUGCUUCUCCUCGUCGCAAACCACAUGUUCUCGACAUUUUUCCAUCUAAUGCCCUCGUGAUUCAGGCGCACGGAGAGGCAAUGGCAUCCAAGAGGGGACAGAGGAACAGAGGCGGGGGCGGAUCUCGCUCCUCGAUUUUGGUUCUCGUAUUCUUCUCCCUCCUCGGGACUCUUAUUUUCUUCGUUGGACGAGGACUCUCCACUUCUACUUCGAUUGGUCGAAAUAAUGCUUUAACUGGUUCAAAUAAAGAGGAUGUAGAUUGGAGAGAGAGGUUUGCUGCACAACACCUAAAGUCCCUUUUCUCGAAAGAGGUGAUUGAUGUCAUCACAGCCAGCACAAAUGAUUUGGGACCUCUGAGCCUUGAUUUUUUCAGAAAGAAUAAUUUUUCUGCUUCUUGGAAAGUUGUUGGAAAAGAAACCGCGGUUGAGAGUAAUGCCACUUCUGUUGAGAAAAAUCAAAUAGCUGCAAUCAUCAAGAAAGAACCCCCUGAAGGGAAACAGGAUGAUUCUUCAGAGAAUCAUUCUCACUUUGUUGAUACACCUGCGAAAUCAGCAAGAAGGCAAUUGAGGGAUAAAAGACGUGAAAAGCGCGCAGCUGACUUGCUUAAACAAGAUGAUGAAGUAAUUGUAAAGCUUGAAAAUGCAGCCAUUGAACGUUCUAAAUCAGUUGACUCAGCAGUUCUGGGAAAGUACAGUAUAUGGAGGAAAGAGAAUGAAAAUGAGAACCCUGAUACAACAGUACGCUUGAUGCGUGAUCAAAUAAUUAUGGCGAGGGUGUAUAUAAGCAUCGCAAGUAUGAAAAACAAACAUGACUUGGCCCAAGAACUACAGAAUCGGCUCAAAGAAAGUCAACGUGCUUUAGGGGAGGCAACUGCAGAUGCGGACCUUCCUCGCAGUGCACCCGAGAAAAUCAAAGCUCUGGGCCAACUGCUCCCAAAAGCUAGAGAGCAACUGUUUGAUUGCAAACUCGUUACGGGAAAGCUGAGAGCAAUGCUUCAAACAGCUGAUGAGCAAGUUAGGAGCUUGAAGAAGCAGAGCACAUUCCUGAGCCAGUUAGCUGCCAAAACUAUUCCAAAUGGAAUUCACUGCUUAUCUAUGCGCUUAACCAUAGAUUACUAUCUCCUUCCAUUUGAGAAAAGAAGGUUUCCGAAGAGUGAGAAUCUGGAAAAUCCAGAACUUUACCAUUAUGCACUCUUCUCUGAUAAUGUAUUGGCUGCAUCAGUUGUUGUCAAUUCGACCAUCAGGAAUGCUAAGGAGCCCGAGAAGCAUGUAUUUCAUCUUGUCACUGACAAACUGAACUUUGGAGCUAUGAAUAUGUGGUUUCUGUUGAACCCUCCUGGAAAAGCCACCAUCCAUGUUGAAAACGUCGACGAAUUUAAGUGGCUCAACUCAUCUUACUGUCCAGUUCUUAGACAGCUAGAGAGUGCUUCCAUGAAGGAGUAUUAUUUCAAGGCAGAUCAUCCCACUACACUUUCUGCUGGCUCUUCUAAUCUCAAGUAUAGGAAUCCCAAGUACCUUUCAAUGCUCAACCACCUCAGGUUUUAUCUCCCUGAGGUUUAUCCCAAAUUGGAUAAGAUCCUUUUUCUUGAUGACGACAUUGUAGUCCAGAAGGACUUGACAGGAUUGUGGUCAGUGGAUCUUCAUGGAAAAGUGAAUGGUGCUGUGGAAACCUGUGGCGAGAGCUUUCAUCGUUUCGACAAGUAUCUUAACUUUUCUAAUCCUCAUAUUGCUAGAAACUUUGCUCCGAAUGCAUGUGGGUGGGCAUACGGGAUGAACAUUUUUGAUCUCAAGGAAUGGAAACGGAAAGAUAUUACCGGCAUAUAUCACAAGUGGCAGAAUAUGAAUGAAGAUAGAGUUCUGUGGAAGCUUGGAACUUUGCCUCCAGGACUGAUAACGUUUUAUGGACUAAUGCAUCCGCUUGAGAAGUCGUGGCAUGUGCUUGGUCUGGGUUAUAAUCCAAGCAUUGACAGAUUAGAAAUUGAGCGUGCAGCUGUUAUACACUACAAUGGAAACAUGAAACCAUGGCUGGAAUUGGCUAUGACAAAGUACCGGUCAUACUGGACCAAGUAUAUCAAGUUUGAUCACCCCUACAUUCGGAGCUGUAAACUGAGUGAGUGAGUUGAGGGUGGAUUACUUAGGUACAGUAAAUUGCUCUUCCUCCACUCUCCUUCCCUUGCCUGGUGUUUCAUCUGUCCAAUUCGAUGCUUACUUCAGUUCAAUUUAGUUUAGGACGAAGGGAGGGGUUCUACCUAUUAUGUGCCGUUUCCCCAUACCCUAAUCCUCAAUUGUUUAUUCUUGUGUGAUUGAAAUUUAUUUCUUUUCGUCACCCCCUCCCUCUGGGGUUAGUUUAGCUGUUUGACCUGUAACAAUUGUCUCCUGACGUUGCUUCUCAAGCUGUCUGGUUUGGACUGGAGAAUUGAACCUUAUAGAUUUCAAUGGAAUAUGAUUUGUGUAUUCUUUGAA